GCAUGAGGAGAUCACCCGUCGAGCCGCCAAUCAUACCAGCCAGAAUUGCCUGUCAUUGAUUAGCUUUUCGUUGCUUCUUGUGUGAGGCGCUUUGGCAUAAGGUCUUACGUGAAGGUAUGGUGGAUCUGGAUCCGCGACAUCUUCAUUCAUUAUGAUGAUUGCCCCGCAGGCAGAUGCAGUAGGAGGACGCUGUAAGACGAUGAGCCUAGCAGAAGAGGGAGAGCAUGGAUGAGGUGGCCUGUGAAUGUUCGCUUUGGCUUUUCUCUUUCGCGCGGCUUCGGGCAAAUUCAACUUCACGAGCUAGCCCUGCUACCGAUUCUUCGACGAGACUUCUGCUAGAGAGCCGUAUGCUUGAUUCCUAGGAGUCCAGGACAGCCUGCUUCAGAGCUGAUGCGCCCGUCAUGCAGGCCAUACCCAAGCAUGAUGUUCAUCGCAUCCAAAGUGCUCAAGUCAUCACCUCCCUCGCUCACGCGGCAAAAGAAUUGCUAGAAAACGCGAUUGACGCGCAUGCUACAAAAGUAUCCAUCAAGCUUGUGAAUCAUGGCUUGGAUUUGUUGGAAGUGGCCGAUAAUGGUGCAGGUAUACAGGCGGCUGACUAUGCAUCGCUUGCUACACCGCAUGCGACGAGUAAAUUAAAGGAGUUUGGUGAUCUAGAGACGCUGGCUACGCUCGGCUUUCGUGGCGAAGCAUUGGGAGCGUUGUGUUCACUCAGUGCAUUCACCGUCACCACCUGUACAGCGGAAACGUAUCCAAUGGGUGUCUUGUUGACUUAUUCGCAUACGGGCCAUCUCGAAAGCACAAAGCCAGUAAGUGCUCAAAUCGGCACAACGGUGCGUAUUGUGGAUCUCUUCUCACAACUGCCCGUCAGGCGAAAAGACCUUGAGAAGAAUGCUAAACGCGAGUUUGCCAAAGCUGUCAAAUUGCUCUCUGCCUAUGCUGCGAUUCAAGAGGGCAUCAAAAUGGAAAUCAUUCACAUCCCUGAUACCAAGGGGAACAAGCGUGUUUCUUGUCUUGGUGCGCAAGGAACAAGCGGUAGUGGAAACCCCGACAAGGUCAUGGUGGAAAUUUUUGGCUCAAAAUUAGCCACCAGUCUACUGCCCAUCAAUCUGACAUGUCCGUUGCAUGGAUUCAACAAACGCUCUCUGUCCGAGACCGGCCAAACGCGUGCCGAACGUCAACUGAUUUGCAAGGGCUUCGUCUCAAAGCCUUGGUCAGAGUAUGGUGGUAUGGCUGAUCGACAACUCGUUUCCAUCAACAAACGACCGUGCAGUCUGCCUCCCUUGGCAAGACUCGUCAGUUCGCUCUAUCAAGGCGCAGGCGGCCACAAACAGCCAUUUUUCAUGUUUGACUUGACCUUACCGCCGGAUGCGUAUGAUGUCAAUGUCAGCCCUGAUAAGCGAACCAUCUUUCUGCAUAAUCAAGCAGAGAUUCUGGAUAUGCUGAGGGAGUACUUACGCGUGGUCUUUUCAGAUGAUAGGCGCGUCAUGCCAGAAGCUGUCAUUACCACACCAGCGACAACCAGGACUAUCCAACUGCCCGACUCUACGACACAAGCUUCCCAGCCUGCAUCUGACCCGCCUGAUAUUCUCAUGGCAUCAACCACAACCUAUGAAGCUUCGGAUGCAGCUGAAGAGGAAGAUAUGCCUGCUUCGAGGUCCAUCAGUGUCGCGGCUUUCAGUCUAAAUGCUUCUGUUGGAUCAAUACCAGCAAUCACAUUGAAACGCAAGAGGCAAGAUGUGAGCAUUCGGCCAUCUGUACCGCUAAGAAGUGCAAUGAUUCAAAGUGCUCUGCCAUUCAAGGUUGUUCGCCAGCAAGUUCCCUUAUCGGACGAAAGUGAUGUGUCUGCGGGCGAGCAAGAGGGAAAUGAGCCAGUUCUGAUAGAUGAAGCAUCUGACGCGGUGGAAGAAGAAACAGUUCCACAGGCUUCUGUUGCGGUUGAAGAUCUGGGCGCAAGCUCUGCCUCUGAUGAAGAAGCAGCUGUCCAUGUUCGACCCUUGCAGCGCUUUGUGAAUCGGCUCAAGCUAUUUGACAAUUCGACAGACGGACUUCAUGUACACAAUGCAACCACAACGUGUGACAGUCGCGUCGCACUGGAAGCACAGCGGCUACCCAUCUCUGUCGUUCAACAAGCUUCGAUGCGGCAACAGGUGGCGCAAGCCGGACUUGAUGUCAAUGCCGAAGCUGCUGAAGCCUCUCUCUCACUCAGUGUCUCUAAGAAUGACUUUUUCGGCAUGCAUAUCGUUGGACAAUUCAACCUCGGCUUCAUCAUCACAGAACGGAAAGGCGAAAUCUUUAUCAUUGAUCAGCAUGCGAGUGAUGAGAAGAGCAAUUAUGAGCGUUUGAGAAAAGAAACACAGAUGGCUACGCAACGACUCGCACUGCCUAUGGAACUCAUCCUCUCUGGCAGUCAACGCCUUGUACUGGCUGAUUCACUCGAUAUUCUCGUUGAUAAUGGGUUUGGUGUUGUUGAGGAAGAGCAACGAUUGGGCAACAUGACAAGACAGCGCUACAUGUUGACGUCUGUACCACAAAGUAAGAAUGUAUCCUUUGAUGUCUCUGACUUGGUGGAGAUUCUGGACCGUAUUGCUGAGCAGUCUUCCUCUGCCAAAGACGAAGAGAGCCAAUUGGUGCGCUGCAGGAAGGCAGAACGCAUGUUUGCGAGUCGAGCGUGUCGAUCGAGUAUCAUGAUUGGCACCGCUUUGACACGAGAGAGGAUGCAAAGUGUUGUUUAUCACAUGGGUGAGCUGCAAAAGCCAUGGAAUUGUCCACAUGGCCGUCCAACGAUGAGACAUCUUGCGAAUAUUCAAGCAACCAUGACUGGAUUUAGAGGCGACUACACAUGACUAUUCUUACUGUUAAUAUAUGACAUGACAGCAAUUUUUUAGCUACGGUUCUUCAUCU